AUGUCAACUAACUACGUUUCAUUUAAGACCGUCAAAUGGUGUAUUAUGUCUUCAUUUUUAAAAGAUUUACCUUGUCGCAAUCCAGAUAGCUUUACUCGUCUACAUUCGAACGGCGCUAUUCGUCAAACAUCUGUUCGACCAACAUAUACAGCAGCGGUUGAUUCAAAUGCAAAAGAAAUAAUCAAUGAUCCAGUUCCAAUGUUGAUCCAUCGUUUAUCUCGUUUACCAAAAGAUGAAUCACGCAAACGACCAAUACCUGAAGAUGAAAGUCAAGUACCAUCGUUUACAAUAGAUCAAUCAAAACGAGCGAAACAAACAUCAACGGAUUCCUCCAAUCAACAGCAACCAAAUACACAUGAUUACAAUGAAGAUAUUUCAUAA